AGUCGAUCGAACAGAAGGGAGGGAUUCGAUCGGGAUUUCUUGACAGCAGAGAAUGGAUAUUGGGGAACCUUUACUUUCCCAGAAUCGCACGCCCGAGGACGGAGUCGGAGCGGCGGCUUGGACCGGCGAAGAGAGCGAGAGGAAGGAUUUGGGCUUCGGCCCGCGAUUUCUUGUGAGGGGCACUUGCAGAAGAGAGCUAGGGAUGAGAGUGGGCUUAGGCCCACAAACCCUAGUGAGCGUCUCCACCAUGACAGGGAGGUACGUGGGCUUCGGCCCACAAGAUCAUUCCCAGGCCGAGAGGAUGAGCCUACCCAAAGAGAAGUAGUUUAAUUUUAUUUUAAGUUCAAGCAGUUAGCUCAUUUUUGGAAUCUCAACACAAGAUGAUUUUACUUUAAUUCAUUAAUCUCACUAGAAAGGAUUAGUCCAAGUUCUCGACGAAUGGUUAGAAAUUGAUCAACACUUAGAGGUUUAGUAAAAAUAUCUGCCCAUUGAUUUGUUGUAGGCACAAACUCAAGCUGAAUUUGGCCUUCUUCAAUCAAUUCUCGAAUGAAAUGAUACCUAAUUUCUAUGUGCUUGGUUCGAGAAUGUUGCACGGGAUUUCUUGCCAUGUUAAUGGCACUCGUAUUGUCACACAAUACGGGCAUGGACUUUAUUUCUAACCCAUAGUCACAAAGUUAAUGCUUCAUCCAAAGGAGUUGAGUACAACAGAGGCCUGCGGCCACGUAUUCAGCCUCAGCGGUGGAGAGAGCAAUAGAACUUUGUUUCUUACUAAACCAAGACACAAGUGAAUUUCCUAGAAAUUGACAAGUCCCGGAAGUACUUUUACGAUCAACUAUGCAUCCCGCAUAGUCUGAGUCACUAUAACCAAUUAACUCAAGACUUGACUCACUAUCAUACCACAGACCUAGAUCCAUUGUACCAGCCAAGUAACGAAAGAUUCUCUUGACUGCAGUCAGAUGACUUUCCUUAGGGGCACUUUGAAAUCUAGCACAUAGACACACACUGAAUUGAAUAUCAGGUCUACUAGCAGUGAGAUACAUUAGCGACCCAAUCAUUCCUCUAUAGAACUUCUCGUCAAUUGACUUGCCCGACUCAUCCUUGUCUAGUUUAAUUGUAGAGGCCAUAGGUGUAUUUGCAGUUUUUAAAUUCCCAAACUCAAAACGUUUUAACAUAUUUUGAAUGUACUUGGUUUGACUAAUGAAAAUACCUCGAGUUGUUUGUUUAAUUUGCAAACCUAAAAAAUAUGUUAAUUCUCCCAUGGCACUCAUUUCAAAAGUUUUCUUCAUGAUACUUUCAAAAUACUCGCACAACUCUUUGCAAGAAGAUCCAAAUAUAAUGUCAUCAACAUAUAUUUGAACUAGUAGCAUAUGUUGUCCUUUAUUUUUUAUAAAGAGAGUUUUAUCCACUGAGCCUCUUUUAAAACCUUCUCCUAAGAGAAAAGAACUAAGUUUUUCAUACCAUACUCUUGGUGCUUGUUUAAGUCCAUAUAGUGCCUUCUUUAAUUUAUAGACAUGGUUUGGGUAUCUAAAGUCUUCAAAACCGGGUGGUUGUUCCACAUACACUUCCUCUUUUAAAUCCCCAUUUAGAAAGGCACUUUUGACGUCCAUUUGAAAAAGUUUGAAACUCUUAGAGCUAGCAAACGCACAUAACAUUCUAAUAGCCUCUAAUCUAGCUACCGGAGCAAAGGUUUCAUCGAAAUCUAUACCUUCUUCUUGAUUGUACCCUUUAGCUACCAACCUAGCCCUAUUUCUAGUAGCUACCCCAUUUUCAUUUGACUUGAUCUUGUAGAUCCACUUAGUUCCGAUAAUAACUCUAUUAGGAGGUCUAGGUACUAACUCCCACACAUUAGCUCGUUCAAACUGACUCAUUUCAUCAUUCAUAGCAGCAUUCCAGUUUUCAUCAUUCAAGGCAUCUAACACGUUUUUAGGUUCAACCAAUGAACCAAACGCAGUAUGCACAAUUGAAUUUCUAGAGCGAGUGACCAUACCUUCAUUAAGCCCUCCUAUCAUAAGUGAAGAAGGAUGGCGUUUGGCAAUAUGAGGAGGAGGUUGUCUUACUUCAUGGUCUUGCUCGAUCGAAGAGUUUGUAGUACUUACUGCUUUAUCUUGGUCUUCAGAUAUGUUUGUUCUGGGUUCAGAUUUCUCCGUGUUUGAUGUCCUUGGUAGAUCAAAGCUCCCACCAAGUCCAAAGUCAUCUUCAUCUAUCUCAUCUGAACACUCAUUAGCAGAUUCAUCAAAUAUCACAUUUAUGGACUCUUCCACUUUGAGAGUCCUUUUGUUGAAUAUUCUAUAUGCUCUGCUAGUCAUAGAAUAGCCUAAAAACACACAUUCAUCGGACUUGGCAUCAAACUUCCCAAGAUGAUCUUUGGUAUUUAAUGCAAAGCACUUGCAACCAAAGGGAUGAAAAUAACUCAGAUUGGGUUUUCUUCCUCUCCAAAUCUCAUAAGGAGUCUUCUUAAUUCCAGAUCUGAUCAAAGCUCGAUUAGUAAUAUAGCAUGCAGUAUUUAUGGCUUCAGCCCAGAAGUACUUAGGUAAACCAUAGUCAUGUAACAUUGUUCGAGCUAUGUCAAUCAAAGUCCGAUUUUUCCUUUCCACCACUCCAUUUUGUUGCGGAGUUCGAGGAGCAGAAAAAUUGUGACUUAUCCCUAGCUUAUUGCAGAAGAGUUCAAACUCUUCUGAGAUAAAUUCUCCACCAUGAUCACUUCUAAUGCUAGCAACCUUAGAUUGUUUUUCAUUUUCCAAUUUCCUAGUUAGAGACUCAAAAUUUUGAAAAGCUUCACUUUUGCUAGCUAGAAACAAUACCCAAGUGAAACGAGAAUAGUCAUCCACUAUCACGAAAGCAUAAGACUUACCUCCAUAGCUUACCACAUUGGUGGAUCCGAAGAGAUCAAGAUGAAGUAAUUCAAGAGGUCUUGUUGUGGAUAUUACCGUCUUACUCUUGAAGCUAGACCUUGUAUGCUUUCCUUUAGCACACGCAUCACAAAAGAAUUCCUUCUUGCUUUUUAACUUAGGAAGACCUUUAACUAGCUUAAGGUCACUUAGUUUAGACAGAAUUCCUAUACUCACAUGACCAAGCUUCCUAUGCCAAUCUAUCUGAUCAUUUUUCUCUAGAGACAUUAGACAGGUUACCUUAAAACUUUCUUUAUCAUCUAGAUUUAUGACAUAUAACUUAUUUUUACGUCUACCGGUGAAAAGCACUUUCUUAUCCACCAAAGACUCGAUGUAGCAACAAUCAUGUUCAAAAAUUAUCCUCUUAUCUUUGCCACACAUUUGACUAAUAGAAAACAGAUUAUGCUUAAGACCUUUUACUAACAUCACAUUUUCAAUGCAUGGAUCUGAACCAACUAUUCCUCUUCCUAUUAUGUCGGCAGAAUUAUUGUCACCAAAAAAUACCUUACCACCUUUACCUUCUUUGAGAGUGGUGAAUAGGUUUCGAUUUCCCGUCAUGUGUUGUGAGCAUCCACUGUCUAGUAUCCAUUCUGUUGCCUCCAUGCUCACUUGGAAGCAAACCUGCGCCAUUAGCAGUCAUGCAAUUUUGGGUUUUUGUAUCCAGACUUUCUUGGAUACAGUUUGUUUGUGAUCUUUAAGAGAACAAAAUCUACUAAUGUGA